AUGACUUCACAGCCGCCCAGGAAGUCCUACGCCGAGGCGCUCGGGCUGAAAAAGUCUCAGCUGGCCCCGGUGCCCAAAGUGCCGGCUACUAAGACCAAGCAGUCAGAGACUCCCAAGGACGCGACUCCUACCAGCGCACCAAGUGGCAACGUGUCUUCGGCCGUCCCAGAAAACGCGAUCCAGAUUCCGUCUCCUGCUCCCGCCUUGCCUCAGAGCCACACAUCGACUCCGAAGCCUGCAACCCCGGAGCCUGUGAUUCCCCUAGCCCUGCCUGUGACCUCCCCACGAGCAGAUCUGGAGGCUGCAACUUCUGUCCCACGGUGCUGUGGUGCUCCUGCUACCCCGUCGGAGGUCGAGAUCGCAGUCGGCAUAGAUGAGCCAGACGCUGGAGUGUGCCAAGACACUGAUUCGGGAGAGUCCAAACAGUUGUCAUACACUCAGCUUGAGACUGCGAACCGGCGGCUGGAGGUGGAACUCGACCUCCUCAAGCAGCAAAAUGAGCAGCUCACCCUGGCUUUGAUCACAGCACGUGUACAGCAGGAGCCUGACUCUGAGAAUGACAAGGCACACGCAGAGAGCAUGGACUCUGGCGACAACAGCACCCAGAAACGCCUCAGCGAGCUCCAAGGAGCUCUGGAAUCGGCCGAGACCGAGCGCAAAGACAACGCCAGGGUUGUGGACAACCUCACCGAGAAGCUCAACACUGUCACUAUUGAACGCGAUGUUGCUCAAGAUCGGUACAAUGAGACAAAGCGGAAGCUGGCAGUUUGUUCAGCCGACCUCAAAGACAUUCGGAGCCAGUACAAGCACGCCAUUGAGCACCUGAGCCUCGUUUCACAAGCUCGUGACGAGGCUGCAGCGCAGCAAAAGGUCCUUAUGCAAGCCCUGCAAGCAACAGAAGCCUCAGCCAAGACUCUCAGCGCCCAAGUCCAGCAACAGAUUGAUGACCUUGUCGCGGCUUUGCACACUCAGAAAGACGCCUUGAUGAAUGCGGUUGAGCACGACAAAGAUCAGGAUCCCAAGGUCAAGCAGGAGGAGGCUGACAUCAAGCUCUCCCACAUUGAGCCUCUUGACCUCACACACGACUUCUCCACCAGCGAGGAUGGCAACAGUCAGGUUAUGAACAGCGAAGACGCUGAGCAUUUGAAAGGCGAAGGAGGCGUCGCGGGUGCUGCUACCAGCGUGACCUUUCCAACCGAUCACAUCACGCCCGACGAGCCCACACCUACAGUUUCCACGAUUGACAAAUACACCAUGAUCGAGGAAGCCACUCUCGAUGACUCGAAAUCGAGCAGCGCUGCAUCUGUCCCUCAUACGGACGUCCAGGCUGAGCUCCGCCACGAUUCAGACAAUUCCGGCUCCAAUUCUCCGGAAGAGCCCAUUCGCGUCGCACGCUCUCCCACUCCAGACGAGGACGCCAAUGAAGCCGCGCGUGCUUUCCAGCAGGAUGAGACUAUUGGUAGCACAGCUUUGUCGGCGCGAGUUACAAGAAUUAGCUUCGCCUGGGUUUCAAUGCCCGAAGACCCUGAGGACACGUACGCGACUGGGCUGACUGAGAGCGGCGACUUCCUUGGUUCUCGCCCGUCCUCCUCUGCGAGCAGCAACAUCGCCGACCGCAUGUAUGAAGCCGACCUAUUGGCGCAAGCUGAGGACGGCCCUAGCACCGGCGCAGCAAGCAGCAAGACCAUGUCGCCCACAGGUUCACGGACAUCUCCGGCGAAGUCUGACUCUGCUCACAAAAGACCUGCGAGCACCAGUGUGUCAUCUUCUGCACGUUCUGCUCUAUCUGACCGGCUUCGAGCUAGAUCGUCGCCGACCGCCACUCGCAUUCCUCAGCCAAGCAGCAUGUCGCCAUUGACGUCGGCUAACCUAGCAGCUAUGAAAGCAAAGACGCAACCAAACAAUGCCAGAGCCCCCAGAUCUCCUGCUGAGCACGUCAAGACGACGUCCGAACGAAGACCAUCGGGUGGCACGGGCAAGCGUGGCAAAGCAGCCAAUAUUCGGGCCAAUCAGUCGCUUGAGCAGCCCAAUUCUACCAAGACGACGCCAAGCAACACUACACAGAAGCAAGAAGUGCCGAAAUCGACCGUCAACACCGCUCCCUCACGACCAAUCACUUCUUUGAACUGGAGAAGCAAGGCUGUCCUGGCACCUCCGAGCACGAAGACCACGUCGGGCACGACAGCUGAAGCAUCAGCAAGUGCAUCCGCAACUCGUCCGGGGCUCUUCGAACGGCGUAGGCGCUCAACUCUGCGUAACAAUGCCGAGGACCAUCAGCAUCUGGGCCAGGCAGGACUAGGACAGGAUCUCCUGGUCACCCAGAGCAGACAACCCCCGCAUGAACCGCUGGGCCUGACGGAGUUGGCUCCCUACCCCACGGAUGCCGCCACGUCGACUGGCGCACCUGUGGAGAAGCUGAGCACGGAUAUAUCCGAGUCAACGCUCACGCAGAUGUUGCGCAGAGAAGGUCGCAGCUGGUCUGACAUGUAUGAUGACGAGAACCAGUGGUGA